AUGAUGAAAGCAGCCAUCAGCGAAACGGAAGACGCCCCUGUCUUCGAGCCCAAAAUGACACGGUCCAAGCUGAAAGAAGUGGUAGAGAAAGGGGUGGUGAUUCCAACCUGGAAUAUUUCUCCCAUCAAGAAAGCCAACGAAGUCAAGGUCAGAGUUUGCAGAGAGGAGGAGGACUCAGCUGACACCCCACCCCACCCCAUUUGAUUGCCCUUUGUUUUUUCCCCCCAGAGUUUGUUGGAGAGCGAUGUGGAAAGCAACAGCUCAUCCCCGCGGGGAGCCAAGCGCUCUCGUUCGAGACCGUCGGAGACGGUGGAGACGGACGAGGAAGGAGUGGCCCCCCUGGAGGCCGAGAAGGGCUGCCCCCCUCCCGUCCAGCGACACGUCAGUGCCAAAGUCACGCCCAUGGGCCCGCCCCCGCCCCCCAAGCCGAAGCAAAACAAGGACAGCGUGUUCAUGGAGAGGCUGCACGCCGUUGACGAGGAACUGGCCUCCAGCCCCGUCUGCAUGGAUUCCUACCAGCCUUUGGAAGACAGCUUAAUCGCCUUCCGCACGCGCUCCAAGCGGCCGCUGAAGGACGUGCCUCUCGGUCAGUUGGAGGCCGAGCUUCGCGCUCCGGACAUCACGCCGGACAUGUACGACCCCAACACAGCAGACGACGAGGAGUGGAAGAGGUGGCUGGGCGGCUUGAUGAACGCCGACGUGGAAAACGAAG